AUGGAAGAUAAUGAUAAAGAAAAUCAUCAAUUAUGUCCAUUAUAUCCGUCUACUCUUCAAAAACAUGUACAGCUUGAUAUGUCAACGAAUUUGGAAUGGGCAGAUGUUGAACAAAAUCUCAAAAAUGUACAAACAGGUGGUAUUUACACUCCAGAUGAUUGUAUAUCUCGACAAAAACUUGCAAUUAUUAUUCCAUUUCGUAAUCGAGAAACUCAACUUAAAAUACUCUUACGUCAUCUUCAUCCAUUUUUACAACGACAAAAACGUGCUUAUCGAAUAUUUGUUGUUGAACAGUUCGGUAAUGGUACUUUCAAUAAAGGUUUGAUUAUGAAUGUAGCAUUUAAUCAAGCAUCAAAAUCAACAACACCUAUAUUUGAUUGUUUUAUUUUUCAUGAUGUUGAUCUUAUCCCAGAAAAUGAUUUUAAUGUAUACGAAUGUGAUAAACGAGGACCUCGACAUUUAGCACCAGCAGUUGACGAAUUACGUUAUUUUUUAAUGUACAAUGACUUGAUCGGUGGUGUUCUUGGUUUAACCAAAGAACAAUUUUUUAAAGCAAAUGGUUGGUCAAAUUUGUAUUGGGGUUGGGGAUUUGAAGAUGAUGAUAUGAAUCAUAGAUUACACCAUGCAGGUUAUCAUGUUAGUCGACCACCAAAUCUUGUUGGUCGAUAUAAAAUGAUUCGUCAUGAAAAGCAAACACCUGCAGUAAACAGAUAUGGAACAUUAAGUAAAUGGCUUCGUUAUUCUUAUGAUGGCAUUCGACAACUUAGUACAUUAGAUUAUUCCAUUGUUACGACAGAGACACAUCUAUUGUAUACUCAUAUUUUAGUCAAUUUCACUCGUUCAGCGACAAAGACUAUUGAUCAUUUGUUAGAAGAUAUACCAAAAGCAAAAUAA